AUGCCGUCCCCAGUCUUCUUAAUAUCCCUAUCGCUCUUCCUGAGUACCUUCACUUCCGCUCUACCAUCCUUCCCGCCUAUCAAAUUCAACCAGAAGGUCGUUGGCCCUUCCACGAACUCCGCAGCUACCGCCAUGUCGUACCUUCUUAAGGACAAGCACGACUCCUCAAACUUCUUCAAUUCCUUCUCCUUCUUUACUGACCCCGACCCAACCCAUGGCUUCGUUAACUACCUCUCCCAAUCCGCCGCGGCAAAAGCAAACAUCAUCUCCACCGGCAACUCCCAAGUGAAGCUGCAUGUUGACCACACAAAUGUGGCACCCUCUGGCCGCGCCUCCGUGCGUCUCACUUCCCAGAAACAAUACAAUCAUGGCCUAUUUAUCGCAGAUAUAGCGCACAUGCCCGGUGGUGCCUGCGGCACCUGGCCAGCCUUCUGGCUCUUUGGGCCCAACUGGCCUUCCUCAGGCGAAAUCGACAUCAUCGAAGGCGUAAACUUACAGACCACGGACUCGAUGACGCUGCACACCUCCGCAGGAUGUGUAGUCGACAACCUGGGCUCACUCCCUGGAACUACGACACUUGAGACGAACUGCAAUGCCAAUUCAGGCUUUAACGGUUGCUCGGUGAGCACGAGCGACCCGCGAGGCUAUGGAACGGGGUUUAAUUCUGUCGGUGGCGGGGUGUAUGCUAUGCAGUGGGAGAGCUCUGGCGUAUAUGUGUGGUUUUUCCCACGAGGCUCUGUGCCUGCUGAUAUCAGCUCUGGGGCGCCGAGGACGCAGAACUGGGGGCUGCCGGUGGUGGCAUUUAAUGGUGCAAACGGCUGCAACAUUGACCAGCAUUUCAAGAACAUGAACAUAAUUUUCGACACCACUUUCUGCGGAGAUUGGGCUGGGAGCGUGUGGGGCCAAGGGGCUUGUGCUUCUUUGGGGAGUUGCGAGAGCUUCGUGGCGAAUAACCCGCUGGCGUUUCUAGAGAGCUAUUGGCUUAUCAACUCGGUGAAGGUGUACCAGUUGGGCUCAAUACCAUGA